CUUCAGCUCGGUUCCAGUUCCCGGCGGCCCGCGCGGCACGUUCUCAGCGGAAGGGCUGCUCGUGAUGGCUGGGGCUGGUUCUACCGCUGUAUCCGGAGCAGGGACCCCAGUGGCGGGUCCCGCAGGCCGCGACCUCUUCGCCGAGGGGCUCCUCGAGUUCCUGCGACCUGCUGUGCAGCAGCUGGACUCUCACGUCCACGCCGUCAGAGAGAGCCAGGUAGAGCUUCGGGAGCAAAUUGACAACCUGGCUACUGCUUACUUCCAUCCCCCAGAGCUGUGCCGAAUCAAUGAGGAUCAGAAGGUGGCCCUGGAUCUCGAUCCCUAUGUCAAGAAGCUGCUUAAUGCCCGGCGACGAGUGGUCUUGGUCAACAACAUUCUGCAGAAUGCGCAGGAACGGCUGAGGCGGUUAAACCACAGUGUUGCCAAGGAAACAGCCCGCAGGAGAGCAAUGCUGGAUUCAGGAGUUUACCCUCCUGGUUCCCCAAGCAAGUGACAGGCCAGAAGAUGGACCUCAUCCUCAUGCCUGGCCCCGUAAUAGCACAUGUACUAUUCCCCAGCUGCCUCGUUUCCUCCAGGAGCCCUGUAGACCUUGGGACAUCAAACAGGCAGCCCAGCUGCUUUUGUCUGAAGCACUCGUCUUACCCGUUUACAUGGGGGCCCAAAGAAACCUGUGUACAGCAGAACUAAUGAUCCCAAAGGAUUUAUUAUGGCUCUGGCUUCCAAGAAUGGGCUGAAGACUCCUUUUUUUUUUUUUUUUUUUUUAAACCUACAGACUCAAGCCCCACCUCCUCUACCUUCAAGCCUAGUUAAUGAGGGGCUUCCUCUGUUGCAUGGCUCUACCUGUAAUUUGUUUUCCUUUGUUUACAGUGAGGAUUUGAAGAGGGUAGGCAAAGUCAAGGUACUGACCCAUCUACCCUCUUCUGUCGAUUGCACUGGGCUUGAAUAUAGUAGCAAUAUUGCUAGAACCAUUUGAUUCAAUAAAUGCUUAAACAGUG